UUUUCAUACAUGUUUAUUAUCAUCGCCAUAUAAGUAUCUAUCCCGUUAGGAAUUUCAGUGCAAAAUCGUUCAAUAUUACGUGAUUUUCAAUGAAAAUCAGCAAACAUGUUUCUUAGACGGAUUUGCUGUUUAGGAGGAACCCUCCAGCGUAAAAGUCUAAUAGUACGUACCGUGCUUGAACAGAAAUAUAGGCCGAUUUCCUGUGUGACACGGUUUUCACCGCUUGCACAGCAGUACCCAUUAGGAUCUCGGUCCGACGAAGGAUUCCAGAUCAGCGAUGAAAGUAUUCAAAAAUAUCUAGAAAAUAUACGUUUGGAGUAUUACUCGCUAAAAGUAAUGGAUCAGCCGAACAAAAAAGACGUCAAAAGGUUGGUGUUACUAUCGCACAUUGUGGAGAUGUACGAGCAGCGUAGGAUCAUUGUUGAUAAUCUCAAGUCGCUACAGGAGAUGGGGUCGGAAAAGGACGAAGAUAUGUUGCAGCUGAUGAAAGAGGAAACAGAGGCAUACACCAACAUUCUUACCAAAUUAGAUAAUGAAAUUAUGGAUGGUAUCCUUUCCAUGGAUGAAGAGGAAGACUUUAAUGCAUUGGUUUUGGAAGUAGCUGCUGGUGUGGGCGGCCAGGAAGCUAUGUUGUUUGCACGUGAAAUUUUCGACAUGUACUGUGGAUUUGCAGAGUACAAAGGUUGGAGCAUUGAUAGCCUGCAAACUGAGGGCACCGAACUAGGAGGCAUCCGACAUGCUUCCAUAAUAAUCUCCGGUAGGGAUGCUUAUAGGUAUCUGAAAUUCGAGGCCGGCGUUCAUCGUGUUCAACGGGUUCCCGCUACAGAAAAGGCAGCUAGGAUACACACCAGCACCGCAACCGUAUCGGUUAUUCCUCGACCAGACGAAUUUCACAUAGAACUUAAAGAACAAGAUUUAAAGAUCGAAACUAAACGAGCCAGUGGAGCCGGUGGUCAGCAUGUCAAUACAACAGACAGCGCUGUUCGUAUUGUUCACAUUCCUACCGGAAUUGCAGUUGAAUGUCAAGAGGAUCGUUCACAAGCUAAAAAUAAAGAAAUGGCCAAGCAAAAGUUGUUGGCUAAAUUAACCAAACAGGAAUUGGAAGCCAAAUUCAACAGUAGUCAGUCAAUGAAAAAAUCACAGGUAGGAUCAAGUUUACGUAAUGAGAAGAUACGUACUUACAACUAUAACCAGGAUCGUAUUACUGAUCACCGAGUAGAAAACGGAACAACUCACAACUUGAAAGCAUUCCUGGAAGGAGGACACCAGCUGGAUGACAUGGUUAUUAAACUACGCUCAGCUCACAGAAAACAGCAAUUGAUGGAAAUUGUUAAUAGCACUAUUACCGACAAGUAGACAAUAUAUUUAUAAUUCAUAAGAGUUCAAAAAUUAAACAUAUGAAAAUGUUCA